AACAAAAACAUGCGGGCGGCCGCGGCCCCCAAAGGAGGCAAAUUAGCUAAUGAAUAAAAACAACAACAACACGAUUGUAACCCAAUAUAAGGACGCCAAGGCGGGACCUGAUGAGGUAGAAGCCGUCAUCUGUGUGUGCUAGCGCACUGAACCAUGGCUGCGAGGAGCGUCCGCGUCCUGCUGCUGCUCUCCCUGUGGGCCCGGCCCACAUCAGCGGAGAGCUCAGAGGGUCAGCUGCUGUGCCUUUGCGACAGUCCCGAGUGCCUGCAGGAGCAGUGUCGCGGCACGCGCUGCUUCUCGUCCGUGCGGGUGGGCUCCGGCGGCGUGGUGUUCGAGCGCGGCUGCCUGGAGGGUCCCAAGAAGACGCGGCUGCACUGCUCCACGGCGCCCUCCUCCCACCAGGCCAUCCGCUGCUGCUCGCGCCACCUGUGCAACGGCAACACCACCAGGAGCGCCGUCAUGGCCUUGCUGCCUUCAGCUCCGCAGGGCGAGCCGGUGGGGUACGGCGUGGGCACGCUGGCUCUCCUGGCGCUGGGCCCGACGGCGGCGCUGGCGUUGCUGUCGGCGGCGUCGGCGCUGGCCUGCAGGAGGCUCCACCGCGGACGCCUGCGCAGGCUGCAGGAGUUCGACACCGAGCAGGGCGCCGUGGACGGACUCAUCGCCUCCAACGUGGGGGACAGCACUUUAGCCGACCUCCUGGACCAUUCGUGCACAUCAGGAAGUGGGUCGGGCCUUCCUUUCCUUGUUCAGAGGACAGUUGCCAGGCAGAUUAGUCUGAUGGAGUGUGUAGGCAAGGGACGGUACGGCGAGGUGUGGCGAGGCCAGUGGCAGGGCGAGAACGUGGCUGUCAAGAUCUUCUCCUCCAGGGACGAAAAGUCCUGGUUCCGAGAGACCGAGAUCUACAACACUGUUCUCCUGAGACAUGAAAAUAUCCUGGGCUUCAUGGGGUCCGACAUGACGUCGCGCAACUCCAGCACGCAGCUGUGGCUGAUCACACACUACCACGAGAACGGCUCUCUGUACGACUACCUUCAGCGCGUCGCCGUGGAGACGUGCGAGGGCCUGGGCAUGGCGGCGUCGGCGGCCAGCGGCCUGGUGCACCUGCACACCGAGAUCUUGGGCACCGAGGGCAAGCCGGCCAUCGCGCACCGCGACCUGAAGAGCAAGAACAUCCUGGUGACUAAGGAGCUGCGCUGCUGCAUCGCCGACCUGGGUCUGGCGGUGACGCACUCCCAGGCUGAUAACCUGCUGGACGUGGGUAACAACCCCAAAGUGGGCACCAAGCGCUACAUGGCCCCCGAGGUGCUGGACGAGAGCAUACAGGCGGGGUGCUUCGACGCCUUCAAACGGGUGGACAUCUGGGCCUUCGGGCUAGUGCUGUGGGAGAUAGCAAGACGAACGUACAGCAACGGUAUCGUAGAAGAGUACAAGCCUCCGUUCUACGACCAGGUGCCAAACGACCCGAGCUUCGAGGACAUGAGGAAGGUGGUGUGCGUGGAGCAGCAGAGGCCCUUCGUUCCCAAUCGCUGGUUCUCCGAUCCGACCCUGUCUUCUCUGGUGAAGCUGAUGAAAGAGUGUUGGUACCAGAACCCGUCCGCCCGGCUGACAGCGCUGCGCAUCAAGAAGACGCUGGAUAAGAUUCACAGCUCCCUGGACAAGGUGAAGGAUUCGUGAGAGAGGGGCCGCUCGAGACGUCUUCCUUUUCAAUCCUGUGGUGGCCUUCCGCAGACUUUUGGUACUGACCCACACGGUGGACUGUGGACUUCUAAAAUGUCUUCAAUUGUGGCCACAGACGAUCGACAAGCAACUAGCAGAAGAUGCUAAACGCUACCACACACACACAAAAAAACAACAAAUGUAAAAGUCGCAAAAGGAACACAGCCAAAUAGACUUGCAACGUUCUGGUGUAGUUAAUCUUCUAGGUCACUACUUUAGGUUGGAGUGGACACAAUUACAUCCACUGAACUGGUCGUGGACUCAGGAGAGAAUCCACAUCUUAUCCCUGCCGUUCCACAAGUCUAAAAAGUAGCCGCUCGGAAACGAGGAAUUAAUCCUUAGAUUAUCUCACCAACGGGAAAAAAAGUGGAGGAAUAGUUGUUUACACUACGGGUGGGCAUGUUACUGUACUUUGAGCCGCAUCUGCAUGUUACUCCUUCAUACCUCCCGUUACUUGGCCAUCUGAAUGAGGAACAAAAAAAAAUAAAAUACCACGACGUCACCAGUCGUAAUCUUUUUAUUGAUGCCGUCAAGUUGCCUCGAGGUGUGCGGUUACAGGUGAAUAUGCUCACAAAUGUUGGUUUUGUUUUGGAAAUAAGAAAUAAAAGCAGCUUUGUCUUUUUUUUUUUUUUUAUAUGUAAUAAAACAUUUACUGCACUCGUGA